ACAAUACGAUCAACACGCAACAAUUUUCUAUGAGGACAACCUUCCAAUUUCACAGUCCAACAGUAAACGUUCGCUACAAGUUUUGUUGAUCGGAAACCAUUUUCACCACAAGAUGAACAUUAACUACGCACAAGGAAUAGUUUUGAUAGUUCUUGCGUGUGUGUUACGCACAAAUUGUGCAAUAUCUGAGAAACCCUUAGAAAAAGUACCUUCCAAAUCUAAUCACAAAGAUGAUCAAAAAUCAUUAGAUGUCAAAAAAAACGACGGUGCAGCUGAAAAAAUGUUAUUAAAUAUUGCCACUAUAAUACAAGGUUGUAUAGACGAAAAAACGAUGAAUAAUAAAGACUUCAAAAUAAAACUGGAUAAUUUGUAUAAGAAUUUGGUAAUGAAAAAAAUAAACAAAUUAAUAGCAAAACUCACAACUAAAGUGAAUGACAUUAAAAAGCAAUAUGAGAAAGACGUCGAAGUAUUGAAGAUAAUGAACAGUAUGCCGGAUAGCAGAAGCAGUAAAUAUAACAAUAAAUCGUCAAAAAAAUCAAACAAAAAAUAACCAUGAAUGCACGAGGUUAAAAAAAUUAUUCCGAUACAAUAAUAUAUUAUUCCAUAAAAAACUAUCAUACUACCAGCGGAUUCAUUUGAUAAUGACUACAAUUUGUAUUAGUUAUAAAAUAGGUACUUUGUUAAAUAAAAGAUAAAUCAUAACAGAUAGUUUGGAUAGGAACAAGUAUUAUUGAAUUAUAACUAAUAUUUUCUCAUUCCAACUUAUUUUCAAUCAUAAGAUCAAUUACUAAUGAUCGUACCGCCAAUAUUCCAGUUAUAUUGUAUUAAGUUUAAUUUAUUGUAGGUACUGCGAAAAAAUAAAAUAAAAACUUGUCAGAUAAAAA